AUUAUUUUAAUCUUAUUUAUAACAAAAUCCUAAUGUGAGGGAACAGUUAAGACGAAAGGCACGACUGAUAUUAUACCGACUCAUAUUAUUCUAUUUCUGUCUAACAUUCUCUACCGCUUUUCUUCUUCUUCUUCGAAAUAAGCGGAUAGAAAAUCACGAUGGAGGAAAGUCUUUUAUCAAAAAAGAUAGAUGGAAAAACAGAGAGUGAUUUGGAAGAGAGGAAGAGAAUUAGUUGGGAUGUUUACAUGAAAGAAAUGAAAACGAUAUGUCACACAUCAGUGCCUAUGGUGGCUGUGAUUUCUUCACAAUAUUUAUUGCAGGUUGUUUCAAUUAUGAUUGUCGGUCACUUAGGUGAACUCUACCUCUCUAGCGCCGCCUUAUCAAUUUCAUUUGCUGGUGUCACUGGUUUCAGUUUCCUGAUGGGAAUGGCUUGUGGACUAGAAACAACUUGUGGACAAGCUUAUGGAGCUAAACAAUACAAAAGAAUAGGAAUGCAAACAUACACUGCUAUAUUUUCUCUCAUAUUGGUUUGUAUUCCACUUUCUUUUCUUUGGAUCUACAUUGAGAACAUACUAGUUUUCACAGGCCAAGACCCUCUAAUUGCACAUGAAGCAGGAAGAUUCACAAUAUGGCUUAUUCCAGCACUUUUUGCAUAUGGAAUACUCCAGCCACUAGUUAGAUAUUUUCAAAUGCAAAGUUUGCUUCUUCCAAUGCUUUUAAGCUCUUGUGUCACUCUUUGUAUCCAUAUACCUCUUUGUUGGGCUUUAGUGUUCAAGACAGGGUUGAAUAAUGUUGGUGGUGCAAUAGCAAUGAGCAUUUCCAUUUGGUUAAAUGUGAUUUUCCUUGGAUUAUACAUGAGAUACUCUUCUUCAUGUGCAAAAACAAGAGCUCCAAUUUCUAUGGAGCUAUUCCAUGGAAUUUGGGAGUUUUUUCGCUUUGCUAUACCUUCUGCAGUAAUGGUUUGCCUUGAGUGGUGGUCUUAUGAGCUAAUGGUGUUGCUAUCUGGGCUGUUACCAAAUCCACAACUUGAAACUUCAGUUCUAUCAGUUUGUCUCAAUACCAUUGCAACUCUCUAUACAAUACCAUUUGGAAUUGGAGCUGCAGCAAGCACAAGGGUUUCAAAUGAAUUAGGAGCUGGGAAUCCAUUUGAAGCACGUGUUGCUGUGUGGGGUGCUAUGUCACUUGCACUCAUAGAAGCAAGUAUAGCGAGUGCAACCCUAUUUGCAUGCCGCCAUGUUUAUGGUUAUGUUUUCAGCAAUGAUAAGGAAGUUGUUGAUUAUGUCACUAUCAUGGCUCCUUUGGUUUCUAUAUCUGUUAUAUUGGAUAGCAUACAAGGUACUCUUGCAGGGAUUUCUAGAGGUUGUGGAUGGCAGCACUUGGGAGUUUAUGUGAAUCUAGGAGCCUUUUACCUCUGUGGGAUUCCAGUCGCUGCAGCAUUGGCUUUUUGGGUACAAGUGGGAGGAAAAGGACUUUGGAUUGGCAUACAAGUUGGUGCUGUUGUUCAAUGUGUUCUACUUUCUAUCAUAACAAGUUGUAUAAAUUGGGAGCAACAGGCAAUGAAGGCUAGACACAGGUUGUUUGACUCUCAAAUUUCAGUAGAGUAGAUUGGUAUGAUAUGAUCAAGGUCAUUGAGUGAAGGCCAAAUUUGUGAAGGGUACAAUUCUCCAAGAUUAAGGAGUAGGAGCUUAUUCCCUGUAUUAUUUGAAGUGGACACUAUAUAGUAUAUAUGAGCAUAUGCAUUGGUGUAUAUGACUAGGAAUCUUGGAGCAUUUGUAUACUACUAGCAUUUUGCUGAACGGAAUGCCAAUAUUGUCAUUAACGUGAUUGUGUUCUCUUAACAUUUGUUUGGUUCUCCGGGAGCUAUUAGGGAGAUAUAGGUACUCGGUAUUGAAGGGAAGAUGAAUUGAUUUUAGGUCACUGUAAAACUUUGAAAUUUUAGUUUUGAAUUAAACUAAAGUUUGAGUUGGAA